AUGUCAACACAAGCAAACGGUAUCGGCGUUAAAUCCGCUCCUAACUCCGAAACGGUCGACUUGCUCGCCCUUGCUCAACAGGUUACUCAGCAUACGCAGGCAAUCGCCGACUAUUUGGUAGCAAACAAACAUGCAUCGCCUACGUUUGCGUCAGACUGCAUCGACCGCCCAGAAACGAUUGAGUACGCUGAGCUUCAUGGUAACUUGAAGCGCUCCCUGGAAGACCUCCAAUACCUCGUCGAGGGGCCCAAACGACACUUCCGCGCACUUUGCUGCCAGGGCUACGAGCUCGCAGCCAUUCAAGUGGCACUGGACUUCGACUUCUUCAGCAUAGUUCCCGCGCAUGGCAAUAUCUCGCUGGAAGACUUGGCGAAACACGCAGGUGUUGACCUGGACAGGACCAGCCGCAUCGUCCGCCUCCUGAUCACCGAGUCCAUCUUCCGAGAACCCGCCCAUGGCUAUGUCGCCCACAGCCCCAGCUCAUAUCUUCUACACCAUGACGAAGAGAUUCGUUCGACGGUGCACUACACGGUUGAUGAGAUGCUCAAGGCUGCAUCUUCUACAGCUGAUAAUGUGAAAGCAUCGCCGCUUGAGUACAACAGUGCACUCACGCCGUUUACCACUCGACACGGCCUGCCCAUCUUCGAGUUCUACGAGAAGGAUACCCAGCGUUCCAUUCGCUUUGCUAAAGCCAUGGCCGGGUGGGCUAAGCUAAACUUGAACAUCAACGUCCUCAAGGAGGCCUUUCCCUGGGGCAACCUUAAGGGCACUGUAGUGGACGUGGGUGGUGGUAGCGGCAAAGUCUCCAUCACCCUGGCUGAGCAUUUUCCAGCUCUCAAUUUUGUGGUGCAAGACUCCGCCGAUAUGCACCUAGCGGGUCAGUCUUUGCUCACUGAUGAGACCAAGAGGCGGGUUUCCUUCAUGCAGCACAGCUUCUUCGAGCCGCAGCCGGUGGGCAACGCAGCUGCUUACAUCUUGCGGGCGUGCGCGCUCAAUUGGUGCGACCAGGACGUUGUCACCAUGUUGCGUUCUCUAGUCCCCGGACUCGAACGCUGCGAGCCCAGCACUCCACUGCUCAUCAAUGACCUAAUUCUCCCGGCCCAGAGUUCGGUAACACGCGACUUUGAGCGUGGCCUGCGUCAGAUUGACCUCAUCAUGUUGGUGAGCUUUGGUGGCAAGGUGCGCACUCGGGAUGAAUUUGAGGCUUUGUUAAAACAAGCGGAUGAUAGAUACGAGGUUCGCAGCUUCCGUCCAGAAGGUCUAAUGGGGCUGCUUGAAGUGUACCUGCAACGCUAA